GCACCUUACGGCGAAUUCUGCCGGAGAAGUCUCUCGUUCAGACAUCAUUAUUUUUUUUUAUAUUAGGGUUAAAGUUUUCUACGAAAAAGGAUCAUAUUUUUACCGUAGGUAUGUUAAAUUGACAUUAGAUACCUACUGGUAUCAAUGCUAUUAUUUUGACAUAAUAACAAAACAUAAAUGUCAUAUGAAUACAUUUCAACAUUUACAGUAAAUCAACACCAAUAAAAAUGAAUAUCUAUACACCAUAAUAUUUUAUAACAACUGUAUACCACUAUGCUACCAUUAAAAGUGAAAAUGAAGUAAUACUGUUUGAGAAUGUACCUAAUAUAAAUGGGUCCUGCUACUGAAAAGGUAGAUCUUAGUACUAUACAAUCCGAUCUCAUAAUAUUACAAGAAAAGGGAUUUAUACUAGAAAAACUGGUCGGAGAAGGUUCCUAUGCUAAGGUUUACAAAUCUACACAUAUGGUCGACGAGACACGGCACGCCGUGAUGGCCUGUAAAGUGAUAGAUACAGCGCAAGCCCCGCGCGACUAUCUCACUAAGUUCUUACCACGCGAGCUAGACAUUCUAAUAAGAAUCAACCACCCCCAUAUUGUGAACGUCUCUCACAUUUUUCAACGACGAGCUAAAUACUUCAUUUUUCUACGUUUCGCAGAAAACGGCGAUUUACUAGAUUUUUUGACUCAAAACGGCGCAGUGCCAGAGAAUCAAAGCAGACUAUGGAUGAGGCAAAUUAUAUCGGGCAUUAAUUACAUACACACUAUGAAUAUAGCGCAUAGAGAUCUCAAGUGUGAAAAUAUUUUGAUAACAUCAAAUUAUAAUGUAAAGAUUACUGAUUUUGGUUUCGCACGCUAUGUGCGUUCGCGCGGCCACGACAUUCUGAGCGAGACCUACUGCGGGUCUUUAUCUUACGCUGCUCCAGAAGUACUGAAAGGUGUGCCUUACUUACCCAAGUAUGCGGAUAUGUGGUCAAUCGGCGUAAUCCUCUACACGAUGCUCAACAAAGCAUUACCUUUCAAUGAGACAUCUGUUAGGAAACUCUAUGAGAAACAGGUGAUGCGAAAGUGGCGUUUUCGUACAAACGUGGUCAAUCAACUGUCACCGGAAUGUAAACAACAAGUGACACAAUUGAUGGAACCGGAUCCUACAGCCAGGCCGUCUGCUCUGAGCAUCUUCAAAGGGCCUUGGAUAGGGAUGGAUACCAGAAUCACAAAAUUGACAUUUUUAGAAGAUUCAUUACUAAAACAAGCCCAUGAGGAGGCUAACAAAAGAGAGAAGGAGACAGAAGAUGAGACAGAGGUGGAGAGAAUAGCUGAGCUGCGUCGGAAAGGACGUGGUAAAGAGGGCUUGAAAAUAUUGAAAAACAAUGAAGCAGCAUUUUCCGCCAAAUCACAACAGUUAUUUGAUAAUAAAGAAUAGUUACAAAAUGAAAAUCAAUAAUUGUGUUCAUUCAGUAUUUAUUAAACUUUCAAAAUUUUUUAUUAUUUUUAAGAUAUUGUAAAAAUUGUUUUAAUACGUAAUUGUACAAAGACUUUGUUGUUUUAAUGAUAUACAUUUGUGAAAUUAUUCACUCGCUACUUUUUUAACUUUUAUUUAUAAAGCCUAUGGAAGACGAGGGUCUAUCGUAAAGGGCUUACAACAUGUAUAACAUUUGGCACAACGUGUUAGGAACAGGAUCGUGGACUAUACUAUAACUCAAAUUAUUUGUAAAUGUUUUAACAUAGCAAAACAAACUUCAUAACAUUGUGCGACAGAAAUAUAAAUAUUUCAUAAAUAAAAGCUUGUUUCACAUACAUUGAACAUAUCAAACAAACGUCAUAUUUGUAACAGACUAUCAGGAUGUUUAGUCAGGGAAGUGCUAAUAAAGACAUCUAUAUAAUUAUUUAUUUUACAUUUCUUAAAUAAACAAGAACAAUUUCAGACAACUGUUGUAGCCGCCUCAAUUGUAUAAUAAGUAAAUAUAUUAUAAACUGGUAUAUAAUCUCUUAUAACUCUAUAUGAAAAAGUAUUUCCAGGAAGUGGAAAAGAGACCAGAAUAAUAUUGUCGCCUUUCAGUCGAUUCCUAAUAAGCUACUUAAUUACUUGUAAAAAGCGCUAAGUACGGCAAAAAUUGUAACAACUGUAUAUAAUACUUAGAAUAUGGUGUCAGUUGAUUGUGUUCACUUUCAAUAUAAUAUAAACAAUUUCAUUUUGAUAAAAACAUCAUGGAAUGUCUAUUGUUCGCUUGAUAAUGUGAUUCUUUUUCAUACUAACAUUAUAUAAACCAGCACACAUGACUCCAGAAAUAUUCACUUAAUCAUUAAAUUAAAAGUUAAAAUAAAUAUUUUUCUUAAAUAAAUGAUUACAUCAAUAUCUAUAUGUAUUCUUGGUCGUCACUCAAAUUUGUGGUCUCGACAAGGGUAAAUAUAUAGAAUAUUUUUUUUAACAAAACUUUUUCUCAUUCACACUUGUUAGAAGGACUUUCGCACAAUAGAUUUCAUCGUUAAUUUUAUUGUGACUUUUUUGUGUUGUGAGUGUAUUUAAAAACAAUUUUACAGUCAUCAUUAAAAUCUUAUGCAACCAUUUGUAAAUGACACAAAUUAUUUUUCUGUGCGCGGAUUCACGUUUUCCGAUAUGAAUGAAGUUGAAUGACGACCUUUAUUAAAUCUACAAUCAAAUUGUUGUUUCUCUCAUGAUUUUUGGCAGUUGCAUUCCAUAUUACACAUCUGUUCUAAACACUAUAUAACUUUAUUAUUUGUGUUAAUACCUUGGACACACAUUUCACCUUCGAGGAAUUAGUCUUUAAUAUUCUUUUUAACAUUUUUAGGGCUGUACGCCAAAAUACGUAAUUUAGCACCAACACAUUAUCGAAAUUAGAGAAAGACCUAGGUUUAAAUAGUUUUUCACGAAAUUUGUAGCAAUUUAUUAGUAGAUAAUUUUAUUUUCACGUUAUAAAACUAAAUUCAAGCACUUUUAAGACUUAUUUAUCUGUGGUCCAUUGAAGAAAAUGCAAUAGAACUCGUGCGAUCUCCAACAAAAUAGUGGGAAUCUUCAAUUAACGAUAUCUUGACAUAUUAUUACUAAUAAAUGUUAUUUUUUUAAGUUAUGGGUGUAACAACUCACUUCGAAGAUUGAAAUAGGCUUACGUAUAUACACAUUUGUUUUAAUUUCCUUUUCACAAAGGACUUGGCAAAUGUUAUCUGCAAGCCCAACUUCCAACGUAAUGUUAUAUUUGUACAGAGAAUAAUUAAAAAUCUUAGCGAAACUGUAACAUGAUAUUAUGAAACCUGUAUUGUUUUAAUUUGUUCAUUAAAUAGCAAUUAGUAAAUGUUUCGCUCACGUGAUUUGAUUUUGUUCUCUUAAUUAUUGAUAAUAUUUUACAAUAAAUUUGUUAAAAAGGAUGUAACAUUCGUUUUGAUGAUGGUAUUUUCAUUUGUAUCACUUUUAUUUUAUGAUUGAAUAACAUACCUAGCGUGAUAUAGGUUAGUAUAGGGAUGGUAGAUUUUAUUGCGCCCUCGCCUCGUCACGCGGGGGACAGACAGCCGACGCGACGUCCACUGUUGCUGAUCUUACUUUCAUCGUCUGAAAGGAUUUUAAUUAACUUACAUAUAAAAACAAGCUUAG